UUUUUUUUUUUUUCUUUCUUAUAAUCUGCUACACCGCUUUGGACAAAUCUCAGACCGUUUAAACCAUUCACCAUGUCGACAUUAACGUCGCUUAGUGUUAACAAGGGAAACACUCGAUUUGCACCCAAGGUCAAACCCAGAAUCAACCGUGCGUCAAAUGAUCCCACGAAACAAACCAGUGAAGCAGUAAAACCAACAAGUUCACAAAAACCAGCAGAUAAUGGAAAAGAAAAAGAGCAGUUCAGCAGUGGAAGAAUUGCAAAAUUACCUGUCAAGGUGACCAAACCACAAAAUACCACCCCUAUAAUACCUCCAACAUCCUCAGCACGAGAAUCAGCAGGGCCACCUAGCAUUGUCGCUACCCCUAUACCGACUGUCCAGACCACGUCCGCUCCAAAGGUUGCACCAGCCGUUCACAAAGCAGCGCCAACGGCCAUACCAACCGUGGCAUCUGCGCCGCCCGUCUCGUCAGCAGCAAAGCCCAGCGUUCGAAGCAAGAUUGAUAAAGCAAGAGCAGCAGCUACUUUAGGAAAGCGGAAGGCGGAUGAGGUAGCUAGUCAGACCAAAGAAUCGGCAGUCAGAGGCACUCCAAUGUCGUCGGCGAGCAAAGGCAAGGAGAAAGAGAAACUGAAAGCGAAAGCGGCUGCAGGAAAGCAAAAGGUUGCAGUCAGCCAAAGCAAAGCGGUCGAACCAAAUGAAAUGCUAUCAUCUGUAUCGAAAAGUACGGCAACCCCGGAUCCCAUGAAUAGAGCUGUAAGAGCUGGUACUCGUUUACCUAUUGUUCGCAAUAGAGAAAUACAAACCAGAGACGCCAAGGGCAAGGAGAAAGAAGUUGACCCACUGUCAAGAGCUGUCAAAUCUGUAGAUGGAUGGAAGCCUAUCAAUGCAAGGAAAAAACCUGCUGCUGUUGCUCAAGUGGAGGCAACGUCGAGCCUUGAAGCUAAAGCUAAAGCCACUAAAGCGAAAGCCACUGGUUCAACGACCAAAGCCAAAGUUACUAAAGCGAAAGUCGCUGCUUCAGCGGCUAAAAAGCUUACAGCUGCCGCCAAGGCCAAAACCUCCAGUGCUGAAAAAGCAACGGCGAAAAUGACGACCAAAAAAACAGUAACCACUAAGCGAACUGUUUCACGCAAACCACGCGCUACAGCUGACGUAGCCGAAGCGUCAACCAGUGCUUCAGCGGCGGCUAAGACGGUACGGAAACCAAGAAUGGCCAUUAAGCGAAAGCGAGUUCCCAUCAUACCUUUAAAGAAACGAAAAAUACCUAUUCUACGUACACCAAAACCAAAACCUCUACCACCACCGCUUGUCACUCUCGACGAGUUCCAAGGCGAUCCUAUGGUGGAUGAUUUCUUGGACCGACCAAUGAGCGAUUUCAUCAAGGAUGAUAAGAAGGGAAUAGUGUCAAAGAUGUUCAAAGAAUUUGAAGAAACUCGUUUGAAAAAGCGAAAACGGGAAGAAACACCUCACCAGAAUGCAGCGGCUAGUACAUCUCAGACAGUUCCUGACGUGGUCAUGCCUGAUAUCAAGAGACAGAAGGAAGAAGAAAGCAAACCGUUAGAGGACACAGCAUUGGAAGAGAGCUCCUAUGCUCCACAACUGCAAUUCGUCAAUGGUAAAAUGGUUCUUGAUACUGAAUCGCUAGCCAUCAAGCGGUCAGCUAUGGCUACUGAUAUUCCUGCCGAGGCCAUGGAGAUUGUUGAAGAAACCUCGAUGAGUAGGGUCGUCAACAGUCAGUCGUAUGGAAAGAAGAGUAAGAGCCAGCGAUGGAAUGCUGAAGAAACCGAGAAAUUCUACAAUGCUCUUGCGCAAUGGGGAACGGAUUUCGAAAUGAUUACUCGAUUAUUCCCUGAACGAAAUCGAAGGCAAAUCAAACUCAAAUUCGUGAGGGAAGAACGAGUCGCUCCUAAAAAGGUCACUGAUUACUUGAUUCGAAAGAUCAAACCAGUUGAUAUGGAGCACUAUAUGAGCAUCACGGGAAGAACAUUUGAAAACGAAAUGAAGAACAUGGACGUCGACUUCAACAAUUUGGUGCCAGAAAAAAUGGAGACGGAAGCCAAGGGUGAGACAAGUACCGCCGGUGCUGAGGCAGAAUUGGAAGCAACCGUACCAGAAACUGAACCUGAAGAGGAGGUCUUGGGUUAUGUUGAUGCAUGAAAGAGAUACUGUUUAUAUAAAUUGUCUGUACCAUACAUAAUAAAAUGCACAUUAAUGGAUAGUCGUGAUGCACAGUGCAGCUCGUGGUUCAUUGACUGUGCAUCAUCUUAUGGCAUUGUUCGUACAUCUGUAGAGAGAAGGCAGCUGUAGGAAACUACACAUUCAUACAUAAUUGUGCUAGAUCAUAUACAAAAGCAUAAUCACUAGCCAUAAAUUUCACCUAUAC